GUCCACCACUGGUGUCGUUUUCGAGUUCGGGUUUGUUGUUUAUUCGUUCACACACAAUCGGCGCUCGGGACAUAAAACAAAUACGAAUAAUGUAAACUUUGUGCUGCAGACUAUUCUUCGUUCAUUCCCCCCAUCAAUACCGGUAAUUGUGCGAAAUUCUCGGCACUACGACAAAUUUAUAAUCAAGACGAAUCUCUGCCAUUUUUAAAGGCACCGAAUCUCCCAUACAAUCGCAGCACGGACCCACAAACUGUCUCAUAUAUUCUUGUAAGGCACAUGCACAAAAACUAGUGCAUGUUUGAGUUAUAACUAAAGUGAUAUUCUGUUUGAAAUCUCGGUGGUAUAAAGAUGGCGUCCAACGCUUCGAAGAAAAAAUCCUCUGGUAUGCGCAUAUUGUGGAUACCAGGCAGAAAAUCUCACCAUCCCAAGGGCCGCCUAAGCACCACCAGUAAGCACGUCUCGUAUUCGGGUCCGCAAAAGAAAAGCGAGGUGUGGUCCUUGGGAGGCAGCAAGGCACAGACCGAGCUGAUUGACUUCCCAAUGUCGGAGGGUCUCGCUGCAACACCAUCGUCGUCCCUGAGCAUUGUGGCCACUUGCUCGUUAGUUCAAAGCGUGAAACACGAUCAUCACACUUCCAUUGAUGAUAUAGUCGGACUUUCCGAGACUGCCACAUUGCCCGCUGCGCCAGGAGCUGCAGAUACACCGCCACACAGUCCACUCUCUGAGGCACCAUCGACACCGUCCACAAAAGCCAUGACCUCGCCCAAUGUUAUAACAACAGCAGAAGUGCAGAACCUGCACAACUUUAUGAGUCCGGAUGAUCUGCCCAAGGUGCCAGGGCAUCUUGCAGCCACAGCAGAGGCUGAAUUGGCUCUUAACAGCUCGGCAGGAACGACAGCUUCGAUAGCAACGACAUCGUCACCAGAGGCAAACCGCAAGGCGGAACCCCAGCAAAUGCCAGCAACAUCGCAUUCGCAGCAAACCUCACCCCAAAAGGCCAAAUACAAGAAUCACAAUAACAAUCAGGAGGAUAUCAAUUCGAUUGAGAGCAUCUCCAGUUUUCCCCGCUUUCAGGGGAACACCGCUGAUUUUGAUUGGAUCGAUGAGAUGGUGCAGCAGCGCAACUGCAACGAACUGAUGCACAAGAAUAAGCGCAAAAAGGCCUCGAAAAAGGCCAUUGAGAGUCUCGAAAAGGAUCAAUUGGAUGGCAAGACCUACGACUACAAAACAAAGGCCAAUAUUGAUAAUAAUGAUGGGGAUGAAAAGAUGGUCACAUGCCUAUACUAUUCGCUCAUGUGCUGCGACUGUACUAUAUCAUAAAUAUAAUGAGCGCUCAUAUACAUACAAUAUCCAUGUAAAAUACCUCUCUAAAACUACCUAUGUAUAAACUAUGUACGUUUUCGAUACGUACGAUACCUUUUAGAAGUAUAAUAAUUCCUCGAAACAGACAUUUAGCAUAGCAACAACAAACAAAAAACAUUGAACAGCGACAGACAGAAAAAUAACUGAAGUAUUAACGAAUUUAUAAU